AGAAGGAGCGAUGGAGGGAGGGGAUGAAUUUGAUCCUUUCCCUGGGUUUUAUGAAUUAUGUAUUGAAGAGCACGAAGGUAUUGAUCUGAAUGCACCCCCAGAAAACCAGUGGUACCAUGGCCGACUGGACAGAACAACAACGGAGGACAGGUUACGUGUGGCGGGACAGCCUGGCAGUUACCUCAUACGAGAAAGUGACAGAAAGCCGGGUUCGUAUGUACUCUCUUACCUGGGCAAAACAGGAUUUAACCAUUUCAGGAUAACAGCCAUGUGUGGAGAUUACUACAUUGGUGGUCGUCAGUUUGACUCGCUCUCUGAUUUGAUCGGCUACUACACAGGGGUGUCAUAUUUACUCAAAGAUGAACGACUUCAGUAUCCAGUGCCGCCACCAGAGCCUGUUGAUGACAGACGGAAAGUCAAAGCAAUUCUGCCUUAUCGCGGGAUGCCAGAGACAGAUGAACUCAACUUUGAUAAGGGGGAUGUGUUCACAGUUCACAACGAACUGGGGGAUGGCUGGUUGUGGGUCACAUCCCAAAGGACACGCGAGGACGGCCUCGUCUUUGAAGAACUAGUCGAAGAUUUAAAUGGAAACAUUGACCCUGUGGAAAGUUUGUCGUAUUUUCAUCCAAACAUAACAAAAGAGGAUGCAGUGCAAAGGCUUGGGCAAGCGGGUCAGGGAAGUUUCCUUGUGCGGCCCAGUGACCACUCUCCAGGCGACUAUUCCUUGUUCUUCCUCUGUAACAAGACAGUACAGCGGUUCCGAAUAGAGAAACAGGGUCGGCAGUACUACAUGGGGGGUCGCUACUUUGACACCCUGGAUGCUAUCAUUCAGCGCUACACUAAGGAGCAAAUCAUGGAGGGCUACACUCUAGCAACGCCUGUAAUUAGGGAGAUAUUUGACAGUGAAUCAGAGAAGAGUGUUGCCCAGGAUUACAAACGUAGUAAAUCCAUCUAUGAAACAAUUCGACACAUGUCUGGUCCUAGUCUAGUCACUAAUAGGAAUGACAAGAUCAUCAUGAGGGGAUGGCUCAGCAAGAAAAGUCAGAAAACAAAGAAAUGGAAACAUUUCUUCUUUGUUCUCAACGGCACUGAACUUCAGUUGUAUUUUUUUGAGAAUGAGAAGAGGUCCAAACCAAAAGGCCUUAUAGAUUUAAGCUACAGUUCCUUGUACCCCGUUCAUGAUAGCCUGUUUGGAAGACCAAACUGUUUCCAGCUGGUGAUGAAUGGGCUGAACACCUAUUCUGUGUACUACCUCUGCGCAGAGAAUGCUGACAUUGCCCAGGACUGGGUGCAUUCUCUGAAGCCAUAUUGUCAGAAUACACAGGCAAAGAAGCACCCCAGCAUCUCAUCAGCAUUGAAAGAACAACGGAGUUUGUUGAUUUACAUCUGUGACGCCCACCGCCUACCCCUCCGACAAGUGCCCCACCCCUACUGUGUGCUAUCCUUAAAUAACGUCAAGGUGGGGCGCACACAGGUUGGGGAGGGCACGGAUCCCAUCUGGUCAGAGGAGUUUAUUUUAGAUGACAUUCCUGCUGAUAUUGACAGUGUUUCAGUGGCAAUUUACAACUAUUCAAAAAGAUCAAAAGACACAGAAUUAUUUCAAAUGACAAAACAGCUGUGUAGUUUAACAAGUGGGGAGAUGUAUGAUGAAUGGUUUGACCUACACCCUAUCCAGCUGACGUGUCGAGAAGGCGGGGCAAUCCGGGUGCGCUUACGUUACCUGCACGAAGUCAUUAUGCCUGUCAAGGAGUACACUAGUCUAAAAGAGCUCAUCCUUAGUCCUGAUCUAAAGAAUGUGAUGGCCAUCUCCAGUGUUGUCGGGGGCAACGAUGCCGCCUUUGCUAAAGCGUUGUUGCGGAUAUUCCGUCGGGAGCAGCAGGAGGCAAUGUUAUUGAGGACUGUUAAUGAGAAGGAAAUAGAAAAAGAAGAAUUAGUAUCAACAUUGUUCAGAGGGACUUCCUUAGCAACGACUUUGAUGGACCAACAUAUGAAAAUGACUGCCAUACCAUUUAUACAUGAAGCUCUCAAGGAUGCUGUGGUCAAAAUAGUGGAGAGCAAACACUCGUGUGAGUUAAAUCCAGAGAUGAUGGACAACGCUCAAGAGCUAGAAGCCAACAAAGAACACUUCCUUAACCUUAUGAAUGAUCUUGUUGAACACAUCUUUAAGUCAACAGAUCACUGUCCUCUAGUGCUACGAUAUAUAUGUGGAUGUCUACAGAAGAAUGUCCAGGCAAAAUGGCCAAAUGACCCCACUGUCAAAACCAGGGUUGUUAGCUGUUUCAUUUUCCUCCGGCUUUUGGUGCCAGCAAUUCUUAAUCCUAAGGGCUUUAAUUUAGUAGGAGAAACUCCCUCAGAAAUGGCAUACAGGGCCUUAAAGCUGGUAGCCAAAUCACUACAAAACUUGGCCAAUCUUGUUGAGUUUGGUGCCAAGGAGUCUUUCAUGACGGUCAACAAUCUUUUUAUAAAAAGAAACAAACAAAGGAUGGUAAUGUUUCUAGAUGAACUUUCAAAUGUGCCAGAUUGUCCUAACAGACGAGAAAGAGUGUCGGGGGAACAAGGUCGUGACCUUGCCAGCAUCCAUCAGAUAUGUGCCUCACACGUAGACGAACUCAGGAAACUCAGCGAUACACCGAAUUCUUCUGCACUGAAGAAGCUGGUGGCAAUAACUGAUAUGUUGACCAAUCACAAAAGACAAUACAUGGGUGACACUACGUGAUUUUGACCAAUUGGAUGUAUGUUGCAUGAAUGAGAAUUGAAGAAAGGGCAGCUACAGAGGACAGCAUCUCUAAAAGUCGUUUUAUUUUCCUGUCACUGUGUAAUGGAUGUAGGGAACGUGAAGGAGCGAGAAAGAUGAACAAGAUGUGUUCGUGCGGGAGAACAUAUGAAUACAUAAGUCAUAUAUUUAUCACAAGGGACUCAUCUGAUAAUUUACAUAUUUAAUGAGCAGUAAGGUGUACAAGAUGAGUUAGUUCUCACAAGUCUAAUUAGUCUCUGCUCAUCAGGUAGGACCCUUCUCAUACUGACUUAAAAUUCGUGGAUAUCCCCAGAUGCCUUACAUAGAAUAAACCAGUGAAUGCUGUCGGGACCAAGGAGCGCCCAGAUUUGAACCAGUGUUUUACCACUGUGGUACGAGUGCACCGAAUGGGACCAGUGACUGUUUGGGACUAAGCUUGCCUGAUAUAAACCCGUAUGGAGAUGCGGAUGUGUCCAACAAGAAUAGCGACCAGUAUGUGGAUUUGAGUGUACUUAUUGGGACCAGUGAGUGCUUGGGGCUAAGCUUGCCUAGUAUGAACCUGUGUUGAGACCAGGUUGUGUACAACAAGAACAGCGACCAGUAUAUGAGCUUGAGUGUACCUAUAGGGAUUGGGACUAAGCUUGCCUGGUAUGAGCCUGUAUUGAGACCAGGUUGUGUACAACAAGAACAGCCACCAGUAUAUGAGCUUGAGUGUACCUAUAGGGAUUGGGACUAAGCUUGCCUGGUAUGAACCUGUGUUGAGACCAGGUUGUGUACAACAAGAACAGCAACCAGUAUAUGAGCUUGAGUGUACCUAUAGGGAUUGGGACUAAGCUUGACUGGUAUGAACCUGUAUUGAGAUUUGGAUGUGUCCAACGCGAACAGUAUCCAGCAUGAGGGCUUGAGUGCACCUGUUGGGACUAGUGAGUGCUAGGGGCUAAGCAUGCUUAGUUUGACCCUGUAUUCAGACUCAGGUGUCCAACAAGAACAGUGACCAGCAUGCGGACAUGAGUGUACCUGAUGGGACCAGUGACUGUUUGGGGCUAACCUUGCCUUGUGUGACCAUGUGUUGAGACUUGGAUUUUUCAACAGGAACAGUGACCAAUAUGUGGACUUAGUGCACUGAUUGGGACCAGUGACAGCAGAGGGAGUCCAAUGUGCCCAAGGAGUCCACUGACCAUUGUUGGGACCAAGGGAAGUUGAAUGCGAGCAAUCACAGACAGUAGUGUGAACCAUGUAAUACAUAUAUGGAGGAUUCCUGGCACUUCACAGGUCAGGUCAUAGUCAUGUGAUCAACUUCACAUCUCAUGUGAUGGUGCAUAUGAUCAGUUGCCAUGGCAACAAAAUGGUGGCUGAGCAUGAAAAGGUGCAAACAGUGCAAACAUGUUAUGGGAUUUCUCAGAAUGCUGACAGAGAUGUAUCAUGUUGAUGAUCGAACACACAAUGGGGUCAUGAACUGGAGAAAGAUAAACGUAUUGGGAAAUACUGCUGAUUAAGGAGAGAGAAAGAGAGAUAGCGAUCAUUUUCACCCAAAAUGAUGGCUGCCACUUCAGUGAUAGUUUGAAGAGAAGGAAAGUCUUAUUACACCCAGCACAGAAGAAAAUGGUGGCCUAAAAUUUUAUAAAAAGAGUGCUUAAUAAGAUCCUGUGAUAAUCAUGGGGAGCUACCGUGUGUUAGGAUUGAUGUAAAAAGUCUUGAGGAUCUGCAGGACAAGAAGAUUUGCAUGUGGGGUAUAGUUCCUGUACAUUGAUGAUAUCUGCCAUGCAACAACAACACAAAACGUGGGAAUUGUGCCACUGUCUUCUCUCCCCAGUCAUGUCAAUGGAGACUCAAAUAUGGAAUAAUCUGGCCCUUAUCACAAAACUUCGUAAAUUGAUUUUUUUGUAACUUGUUCAAAAAAUAAUGUCGCCUUAAUUAUGGCACUAUAAUCAAGGCAAAAGUUACAAGAAGUACGGCUUAUGAGUUUUGGAAAAGUUGCGUCGGUAUGAUGUUGAGGAAUCCACAAUCCCAGUAAUAAGUUGUAGAUAUGCAAGAGUGUUUUAGGAAAUGGAGACAUGUUAAUGAUGUGAGAAAUCAUUCUGAAAGCCGAUAUUCAUUUCUGAUAUCACUAGACGUGUCAGUGAAAGAAAGUCAUCAUGAAUGGCAAUGUGGAAUGUGCAUUUAGAUUCUACAGAACAACAUUCUGACGCUAUCUGCAGCUUGUAAAAGCUAGAUGUCUCCUUCAGAAAAGCACAGGAAUACGUGCAUGGCAGACAGUUGCAAUGUGGUACGUUUUCUUAUGGCCUAUGAAUG